AUGGCGUUCACUGGCGGAGAUGAGCAUGAUGAUGACGGCGUGGACAUGGUGGCAUGGCAGGAGCAGAUGGCCGAGGACGAGGACCAGGCCGUAGCCUUGUUGGGAGGCCAAGAGCCUGGCCUGUGCACCUUCGGCAAUCCAAAACCUGGGGACAAUGCCAGCAAUACUUAUAACCACAACUUUGAAGGCCAGUUUUGCCACUGCAACAGGCCGUAUCCCGACGACACGCUGCCGGAGGAUGUGAACGAGGACAUGGUGCAGUGUGUUCUUUGCGAAGACUGGUUCCACACGGUGGGGUUUGACGCUGCACAUGCGGAUGUUCCCCACCCGGACAGCGACUCCAUCACACACCCUGUAUCCUUCAUCUGUGGCAGCGGUGAGGAUCAUGACGUGGCACACCGAUGCAAGCAUGGCGCAUUCUAUCACGGCAUUCGUCAAUGCAUAUGCGCAUGUCAAUCCUGUCAACAACUGUUUCGAGAGCGUGGUGUUGACUUCCUGCACGAUGAGGAGGACAGUCAGGAGCAUUUUGAUGCCAUUCGGCGACAGAGACAGCAAGAGGAACAGGCCAGGUCGUGGGUACCUCUGAACAUGUGUCAGGUUGCAGCGCGCCUGAUGCAGCAGCUGCCGCACCGUGCACAGAUGGAGCUCGCGCUCGCACAGCAGCACUUUGUCCAGCCCGUCCUUCAGGCACUGCGACAACUCACCCGGGAAAGACAGGUAGAUGUCAUUACCGAGGACCACGUGCGUGAAAUCACACACGCCGUCCUGCAACGCGCGCAAGAACAGCAACAACAGCAACAACAGCAGCAGCCGCAAUGA